UUCCCACGUGAUUGUUUGUGACCAACCAACAAAACCAAUGUCUUAAUCAUAUUGUAAUUGGUAUCUCAUUUUUUGAUUCAAAAUAGGAUGAACUAGGAACCAAACCAACCAACCCUUCUUCUUCUUCUUCUUUCCAAUUUCCCACCAAUUACUUCCUUAUCAUAUUCAGAUUCAGAAUUGUUGCUGCUGCUAUAAACUUUCUGUGAUCAUCGAUUUGGAAUUGUUGGAGGAAUUUGGGGCUUUCAAAAAAAGCUUGGUUUUUUGGUAUCAAAUGGCCGCGGUGGCGGCUUGCAGGCGAUUGGGGAAAAUAGGAACCAAUUUUCCCCUUCCGUUGACUGGGUUUGGUGGCUUUGGAAUUGGAGCUUCCAAAUUUUCCCCUUACAUUUCUGGUUCUAUGCAUUAUUCUCAAUUUAUUAAAUCAAAGGGAAAACAGUUAUUUCUUGUUGAUACAUUAGCCCUUGUUAAGAAACUUGAGGCGCAAGGAGUGCCUUUAAUGCAAGCCGAGGCAAUAACUGCUGCUAUAACUGAGGUGUUGAAUGAUAGUUUGGAGAAUGUAUCUCAGUCAUUGGUAUCAAAAGAAGAAAUGGAGAGGACUGAGAUGCUUCAAGAAGCCAAUCUUUCCAAAUUCAAAGCAGAAGUGCAGAGCUCACAGGGACACCACUUUUCUCUACUUCAACACGAGACUGAGAAGCUUAGGAAUGAUAUAGAGAAGAUGCGUAAUGAAUUGAGGUAUGAGAUAGAUAAAGUCACGGCUGGACAGCGGUUGGACUUAAACCUUGAAAGAGGGAGAAUAAGGGAGGAGCUAGCCAAUCAGAAUGCUGAAACUAACAACCUGACUAACAAACUUGAUAGAGAGAUCCAUGCUUUAAGGGCUCAGCUAGAAGCAGCCAAAUAUGAUGUGAUAAAAUACUGCAUAGGAACACUUGUUUCAAUAUCCGCCGUUGGCCUCGCCGUUCUUCGUAUCUUGAUGUAAAACAGAAUGUAUUCAGAUUAGCACUAACAAAAUUAAGGUGAAGAUAACUAGAGCAACUAUUUGGAAGAUGUUGUAUGUUCUGUAAAAGAAAUAAUUGCAUUGCAGUGCUGCUGGAGUGGAGAUGAAGUAGUUUCCAUUAGUCAUCAAAUGGGCCCUUUUUUUAAAAGCCCUUAUUUUUUACAAAUUCUUUUGUUGAUUUACUUGUCCUUUUUUCUUGCGCAAUUUGUACCUAAACAUAUAAUUAAUGAGCAUAAUUACACACA